CAUUUCUUGCCCGCAUUCAGUACACGGCCAGCCACCCGUUUCUCUCUCUCUCUCUCUCUCUCUCUCUCUCUCUCUCUCUCUCUCUCUCUUCCCACCCUCCUCCUCACGCUCUCCCUCCUUUUUCCGUAGAAGACCGCUCACUCAGAACCCCUUCAAUAACCUCCUACCCUUCUCCACCUUUCCUUCAAACUCUCCUCUCCUCCUCCUACUACCAAUACUUCUUCGUUCAUCUCUAUACCUACCUUUCUCCCACAGUAGCUGUCGCUCUCUCCGUCCAUUUAUCGCUCUCUCUUACUGCCCUUUGGUUUGUGCGGUGUCUGGGUGUUUGGAGAGAUGAAGAAAAUUGUAGUGCAACUGGAUUUGCAUGAUGACAAGGACAAACAGAAGGCACUCAAGGCUGUCUCCACCCUUCAUGGAGUCGAUUCCAUUGCAAUGAACAUGAAGGAGAAGAAACUGACAGUGGUAGGAGCCGUCGACCCGGUCGACGUCGUGAGCAAACUCAGAAAAUUCUGGCAGACCCGUAUAUUCUCGGUCGGCCCUGCGAAGGAGCCUGAGAAGGAGAAGAAGGAGGAGCCGAAGGAGGAACCCAAGAAGGAGGAGCCCAAGAAGGAUGAACCCAAGAAGGGAGAGGCUAAGAAGGAAGAGGGCGAAAAGAAGAAAGACCCUCACGAGCAGAUGAUGAUCGAUCUUGUCAAUGCCUACAAAGCUUAUAAUCCUCAUCUGACCACACAUUACUAUGUCCAGAGUGCAGAAGAAAAUCCAAAUGCUUGUGCAAUCUUGUAAGUAAUUGCAUGGAAACAGAGAAGGUUAUGUGUAGGUGUUGAGUAGAAAAAGUUUGAGCCUUCCCAACCAGCCUGAGGGAAGGCUGUAGAAUUAGAGAGGCGACUCUAUACAGAUGGUGGGUGGUUGCUUCAAGAUUAAAAGGUAUGUUAAGUGGUGGAUGAAUAAGUUUUAUGGGUUGUUUUGAGUGAUUUCUAGUAAUUAUGUAGAGUACCACUAAUAAAUUUUUGACAUCGUAUCUUGUUUAUGAGUAUAUUAUGUGUAUAAGAAAGGGCUUUAAGAAACUUUGAUUUCUAAUGCCAUGCGAUAUUCUCGCUUUUGGAAUUACAUAUUUCAUUAAAAUAAAUGGGUAUAUAAAGCUA